AUGCCGGAGGUGGCCAGGGCGCUGGCGGGCGCGGAGGCCUACCCGCCGCAGGUGCUGGCCAUGCUGAGCGAGAACCUGGCCGCCUGUUUGUCUGAGCCGAAAGAGGACAGGCACGCCUUCCAGGCGCGUGUGGCUGAGAUGGCCGGUGAAGUGCUCGCCUCUAUCAAGGCCGGCAUCGAGGGGAAGAUCUCCGCGGCCAAGGAGAAGCUGGAGAAGGCGGACGCUGAGAAGGCCACCCGCGAGGCGGCCGUGGAGGAGACCAAGGCCAAGGCUGUUCAGGGCUCCGAGGCCCUGGAUUCGGCCAAGAAGGAGGUCCAGGCGGCUGUCGCAGAGAUGAAGGCGGCGAACGAGGCGCUGAAGAAGGCGGAGCAGGAGCAGAAGGCCGGCGAUGCCGAGCUGGCGGGGAACGAAUCCAAGAAGGCCAAGCUGGAGUCCACCAUCGAGACCAUCUUCGUGCCCUGCAAGGAGGGAGCACUUCAGCCGGCUCUCAUCACCAAGGGCGUGCAGGAGCUCACGAAGCUGGGCAAGGACUGGGGCUUUGACACCGCUCUGAUCACCUCGCUGCCCAGCGCUUUGAGCAAGGAGCCGGCGAGCCGCGGGAGCUUCGACAGCGUGGUGGUGAAGCAGGUGGAGGAGGAGCUGCAGAACAGGCUGGAGACGCUGAAGAAGUCCCUGGCCGAGGCGGCGCCGGCGAGGGAGGAGCGCGCCGGCCAGGUCUCCGCGAAGAGCGCGGCCCUGGAGGCGGCGAAGCUGAAGGAUCAGAGCCUCGUCGCCGCGGUGAAGGCGGCGCAGGAGGCCUCCAAGGAGGCGGAGGCCGCCAUGAAGGCGGCCGCCCGGGCGCUGAAGGCCUUCGGACCCGAGAUGAAGAGCACGGGCGCUGAGCUGGCCGAGGCCGAGGAGUCCCUUGCUUCCAUCGAGGGGGUGCUGGCCACCUUCCGGGGUCUCCUGGACCGCAGCAAGGAGGUGCCCCCGGAGCCGGCGGCGGAGGCGGCAGAGGCGGCGGCGGCGGCGGAGCCGGCGGCCAGCAGCUGA